AGCAGGCGCAACGCGCGCCCCUUCCCGCUCUCUGCCGCAGCCUCCUCGCCUCCCGCCUUGUUGUUCCUGCCUGUAGCGGGGCCGUGAGGCCGCGUCGUUCUCCCCGUGCAGAGCCGGCGGCCGCAGCUCCCCCGGUGGCGCGGAGCGGACCGGUUAGGGCCGGUUCCCCGCGCAGGCGCAGCGCCCCGUAAACAGGAAGCGUCGGCCGGAGCGGCGCGGACAAAGGGGCGGCGGGAUCGGCCCGUCCCGGGAGCGGGGCGCUGGCGGCGGGCGGCAGGAUGGUGCAGAAGGAGGGGCAGGCGGCGCUGGAGGAGCCGCAGGGCAGCCCAGGCCCCGCUGCAGCGCCAGGGCCGCCCUUGGAGCCGCCGGGCGCCGCCGCGGGGCCGGGGCCGGCGGGCGAGGAGACCGACACCGAGACCGAGACGGCGCUGGGCGCCCGCCGCUUCCUCUGCGGCGUCGUGGAAGGAUUUUAUGGAAGACCUUGGGUUAUGGAGCAGAGGAAGGAACUUUUUAGAAGACUCCAGAAGUGGGGACUAAAUACAUACCUGUAUGCUCCGAAGGAUGACUACAAGCACAGGAUGUUCUGGCGAGAAAUGUACUCAGUGGAGGAAGCAGAACAGCUAAUGACUCUAAUAUCAGCUGCGCGAGAACAUGAAAUAGAGUUCAUCUAUGCAAUCUCACCUGGGCUUGACAUCACUUUCUCCAAUCCUAAAGAGGUUUCCACAUUGAAGCGCAAGUUGGACCAGGUUUCCCAGUUUGGCUGCAGAUCUUUUGCACUGCUGUUCGAUGAUAUUGAUCACAACAUGUGUGCAGCAGACAAAGAAGUCUUCAGUUCCUUUGCUCAUGCUCAAGUCUCGAUCACAAAUGAAAUUUAUCAAUAUCUAGGAGAACCAGACACAUUCCUUUUCUGUCCUACAGAGUAUUGUGGAACUUUCUGUUAUCCAAAUGUUGCUCAGUCACCAUAUUUACGAACUGUAGGAGAAAAGCUACUCCCUGGCAUUGAGGUGUUAUGGACAGGUCCAAAAGUUGUAUCCAAAGACAUUCCAGUAGAGUCCAUCGAAGAAGUUUCUAAGAUCAUCAGGAGAGCACCGGUUAUCUGGGAUAACAUUCAUGCUAAUGAUUAUGAUCAAAAGAGACUUUUUCUUGGGCCUUACAAAGGUCGGUCAACUGAGCUCAUCCCUCGACUAAAAGGAGUUCUGACCAAUCCAAACUGUGAAUUUGAAGCCAAUUAUGUUGCUAUUCACACUCUUGCAACCUGGUACAAGUCUAACAUGAAUGGAGUGAGAAAAGAUGUGGUGAUGACUGAUACUGAAGACAGUACAGUUUCUAUCCAGAUUAAAUUGGAAAAUGAGGGAAGUGAUGAAGAUAUUGAAACAGAUGUUCUGUACAGCCCACAAAUGGCCCUGAAACUGGCCUUAACAGAAUGGUUGCAGGAAUUUGGGGUACCGCAGCAAUACAGCAGUAGGCAAGUGGCCCACAGUGGUGCUAAAACUGCUGUAGGCGAUGUAGGGCCUCUGGUGGCACCGUCAUCGUUAAAUGCUGCGACUGUGGUUACCACAGUUUACCAAGAACCCAUCAUGAGCCAGGGCACAGCGCUGAGCAGUGAGUCACCGGCCUUGGUAAAGGAGGAAGAGAAGAAGCAAUCUGAUGAGGAACCAAUGGACAUGGUGGUGGAGAAACAAGAUGACGCAGACAAGAAUGCUAAUCAGAUACUGACAGAUAUUGCUGAAGCCAAGAUGGCAGAGGAGUUGAAGCCGAUGGAUACCGAUAAGGAAAGCAUAGCUGAAUCAAAGUCCCCAGAGAUGUCUAUGCAGGAAGACUCUGGCAGUGACAUUGCCCCCAUGCAGACUGAUGAGCAAGUUAACAAAGAACAGUUUGUGCCUGGGCCAAAUGAAAAGCCUCUCUACACAGUAGAACCAGUGACUUUAGAGGACUUGCAGCUUCUCGCUGACUUGUUUUACCUUCCUUAUGAACAUGGUCCCAAAGGUGCACAGAUGCUGAGAGAAUUCCAGUGGCUCAGAGCAAAUAGCAGUGUUGUCAGUGUUAAUUGCAAGGGAAAGGAUGCUGAAAAAAUAGAAGAAUGGCGUAACCGAGCAGCCAAGUUUGAAGAAAUGUGCAGCUUGGUGAUGGGGAUGUUCACUCGCCUCUCCAAUUGUGCCAACAGGACAAUCCUUUAUGACAUGUACUCCUACGUCUGGGAUAUCAAGAGUAUUAUGUCAAUGGUGAAAUCUUUUGUGCAGUGGUUAGGGUGUCGUAGUCAAUCUUCAGCACAGUUCUUAAGUGGAGACCAAGAACCCUGGGCCUUUAGAGGUGGUCUAGCAGGAGAGUUCCAGCGACUGCUGCCUAUUGAUGGGGCAAAUGACCUCUUUUUUCAACCACCUCCAUUAACACCUACUUCCAAAGUGUACACCAUACGACCCUACUUUCCCAAAGAUGAGGCAUCUGUGUAUAAGAUCUGCAGAGAAAUGUAUGCUGAUGGAGCUGAUCAACCCUUCCAUAGUUUACCAGAUUUAAUUGGAGACAAGUUAGUAGGAGGCCUGCUCACCCUCAGCCUGGAUUACUGCUUUGUCUUAGAAGAUGAGGAUGGUAUAUGUGGCUAUGCUUUGGGAACGGUUGAUGUGACUCCUUUCAUUAAAAAAUGCAAGAUGUCUUGGAUCCCUUUCAUGCAAGAAAAAUAUACUAAACCAAAUAGUGACAAGGAGCUGUCUGAGGCAGAGAAAAUAAUGUUAAGCUUCCAUGAAGAACAAGAGGUACUGCCAGAAUCAUUCCUUGCCAACUUCCCAUCAUUGAUAAAAAUUGAUAUCCACAAAAAAGUGACAGAUCCAAGCGUGGCCAAAAGUAUGAUGGCCUGCCUGCUCUCUUCUCUAAAGGCUAAUGGCUCCCGUGGGGCUUUUUGUGAAGUGAGACCAGAUGAUAAAAGAAUCCUGGAAUUUUACAGCAAGCUGGGUUGUUUUGAAAUUGCUAAAAUGGAAGGAUUUCCAAAGGAUGUUGUUAUCCUUGGAAGAAGCCUGUGAACUGCUUGACAGUGAACUGUUCCUGUACUGUAGUCCUUUAACAACUGGGCUGGUAGUGGUGGGGAUCUUCAUAUGGUCUAGCUGCACAAAGCCAGCAAUAAGCCAGCUUGGUAGAAGGGGCUGUGUGAAAAUCACCCAUCACACAUUUGGACUGUUAAUUUGUUGGAAGAGGAUAAUGCUGCUGGAAACACUGUUUUAACAAAGAGAAGGCUUGUCCUCUUCUGGUCCCGCGUGAAGUGCCAAGGAGUCUUGCAUGGGCUAUAGCUUCUUGGAGGAAUCCCUCUCAAUCAGUGCUGUGGCUGACGACAGUUCUCUGCAUUCACGGGUCAACAGAAAAAUAGUCUCUGUCAGAAGUACCUAGAAAGAUGCAGUUUUUUUCUCUAUCAUGGAGCAGAAAGUGCAAUUUGAAAUUGCAGAAAUAGGAGGGAUUGCUUGUGUCAAUCAGCAAAUUUAAAGAUAAGUAGCUACAGUUCCAUUUUUUACUAUCUUUACGCUUGUUGAUAAAGCAAUGACCCGUUGUCACUUCUAAUGACCGUUGGUUCAAGCUUUGUGCUUUGUUAGGGACAAAUGUGCAGUGGUCUGUGGCAGAAGUCACUUAAUGACAAACUUGUAAAUCUUGGUGUAUAUAAACUUAGCUGUAUGCUGACUAACUUUUUGUUUACUGUUUUUUGUAACUUUUUCUUUUGAAAAGUGAAAUGGUAUAGGUCAAAGAUGGCACUUUUGAAUAAUCUAAAACCACAAUGGAGAACGAAUCUGUCCUCAGCACUUGACCUUUCUUAUUGUGCCUCAUCAGGGCUAGAAAACUACUAUCUUGGGUAAGGGGCGCGGAUCUCAACUGAUCCUUCCUUCAGACAGCAGUUUGUUGCUGCCUGAGGUUGUCAUCAUUCUCCUGAAAAAGCAAUUCACAGGGUGGUCUUCCCAACCUGUUAAUUUUGGUAAUGUUUGCAUGGGGUUGUGGAUGAAGGAUGGUGAAAGGGAGAGAGCUGGCCCGCAGCUGGGACUUGUCCUUGGAACAAUCACCGUGUUUCAAAGCCUGUUUGUACUAGUUUGAUUAAAUUGGGGUCUUCAAGUCCUGCACAUUUGUAUCAAAUAAUUUUUCUAUAAGAAAUGCCACAAAAAGCACAUUUUUACACAUUAUUUAAAUGGUUACCUACUUUUAAAUGUUCCAAGCAUUUAAUGUUUUUACCCAGGUCUGACAUGUUUGGCAAUGGGAUGGAAUCAUCGUGGUAUGGAAUCUGUUAGUGAGGUGGUUGCAUCACUUAUGAAACUGGUAUUUUGCAGAAGUCCCCGUGUCCCACAGAUGUAAUUGGCCAAUGAUACAUGCCUUGCAGAACCUUGCUUCUUUCACCUGCUGCCAUCAGCUGUCUAUAUCUUAAUUUUUAGUUUUCCUCAGUGUUUUUUCAGUGGUGCACAAAGGAAGUUUGGUUCCUUUUACAAGCCUCCAGCUAAAUAGAAGAAAUUACAUGACCUAUAAUGAACGGCAUUAAGACUGCAGUAAUGCUGGCUGUGACUCGUAAGGAGAUGCUGUGUUUGGCCUUCUGGUGCAGUCACAUGCAGGUUGUUUGGGUUGUUGUUUUUUUUUCUCCUUUGCAGAAUGUGAACAAUUUUUUAUGCGGUAGCGAAGUAUUUAAUUUGAAACAAGUUCAUUUCAUUUUUGGAGAGAGGUACAGGGCCGUGCUAUGGGAUUUCAUGUAAGUCAGAGCUGAAUGCCACUAGUUUUUACACAGCUUUGAGUGCAUGUUGAGUAGCUGAUACCUUGAUUUAUCAAGUGGGAGAGUUUUGUUUAUUCAUGGAUACCAGAGUCAACAUUUUAUCUGGAUGCAUAACAUUACAGCAUAGGGUGCUUGUGGCCUUAUUUCUUGGCUUUUAAGGAGUUGCCACGUUUUCUUUUCCUAUGACUUUAUUAUUAUUAUAGAAGUUAAUUGUAUAAGCCUAUGGAAUGUCAGGCCAAUACCAUCAUCCUAGGAUUGUAAAGUGAUAUGUUGACAUAUCUUUCAUGGUUAUGAAUUUUCAUUAAGGUUGGAAUGCCACUUUCAUUAAUCUGUUUUUAGAUCAACAGUAUCUGUAGCAGAAAAAAACGACCUGUAAAACUGUAUUUGAAGACCAUGCGAGAAAUAGAAUAAAAAUUGAGAAGUAAAUGUAA